AUGCUUUGGGUUGCGAAGUUUGCUGGACAGGCUCGUGGGUUAGCGAGGUUUGCUGGACAAGAUCGAUUGGUUCACAUUUUCAUUGCUUUGAUAUUCAUCGCGCAAUGUUCUCUCGUCGCAUGCACGCCAGCGAUAACCCUGGUGGACCACCCCAACAGCUGUUUCAACGGCCAGUACGAUGACAUCAGGUUUGCCGGCUUGCGCUUGUCAGACGUCAAGAAGAGGUUUCUGGCGUAUCCCGAUGGCUCUGCUCACAACGUCUCCCUCCCGUACGCGUCUUGGUCCUCCGCUCGCAUCGUUGCUGAGAUCAUUUAUAUUCUUCUAGAAGAGGUGAUGGGUUACUCCGUGGUGUCGCUUUCAGGGGUUGCGAUCAACACGGGAGUCUCCAUGGCGUAUCUUGCCGGCUGUGUGGAUAUUGAGAAAUGUGUGAAGAUCAACAACGCGAAUCCGACGAUCCACCUGUCAGUGGAGACUUGGACGAUGGGCAUCGCAACUCUUCAAGGGUUGCCGUACGCGUACCGCCCGCUGCUAGCCAACGUGUAUGACUACAAGACAGUCGAUCAGGUGUUUGUGUGGCAGUCCACGGUUGAACGGGGCAAGAAGGACAAGGUUUUCCUCGAUUUCUACGGGUAUUACAACGCAGGGUCUUACAACCCCGAGCAGUACUUCGAUAGCUUGGACAAGCUUCUGGCUCUAACCCCCAUCGGCAACAUCGAAACCUGCACGAACUUGGAUCAAGGAACGUACGGGAACUUGCGGUACAAGGCGGACUACAUCAAGUUCACGGGCAAUAACCAGCUGGACUGCUACAGGGACAUGGUGUGGUUCUCCCCUGCGUGCAGGAGGAGGAGCAACACGUCUCAGUGUGUGCCGGUGAUGGUGCAGUAUGAAUACCACGUGAUGCUGCAGUUGAGCUUCUUCCUUGACUUCCCCGUCGCUCUUGUCAAGUUUCGGGAUGGAUCCAGCGCGUUCGACCAGGUUUACUAUGACGUAGUGAGGGGUGGAAACUUUGUGUUCGGGUGGUUCAAGCCGGACGACAACCUGCUGGCGACUGACAACGUGCCGGUGAGGGUCAGGAUGCCGGACCCCAACGGCUACGAGCAGGCGCAAGGGAAGUACGCGACAGGCCUGGUGGAUAUGAACCCGAGGAACUACAUGUGGAGGUAUCUCCCGAGCGUCGACAAGCAUGUCAGUUUCUUGGCGUCGAAACUCGACUUCUUCGACCAGGACGUUCAGGAGUUCAUGGCGCAGAGCAAUGUUUUGAAGACAAGCGGCAUGCCCUCCAGGGAGGCGAUGUUCCAGGUGGCUUGCAACUGGCUCAAGGGCAACGAGCAGACAUGGUUCCCUUGGAUCCCCUCAAUAUGCCCCGAAGGCUUCUACGGGGAUUCAACGCUCCUGUCCUGCCUCUCAUGCCCUGCUGGCUGGUUUUGUCCAGGAGGAACAGCAAACGCUACGAUCUGCCCGGUGGGCUUCUUCUGCCCCGAGAACUCCACGCAAGCUAUUCAAUGUCCGAACAAGAAAAUCACGUCCAUGUAUGGCGCGAGCAGCUCCCAUGGGUGCGACACCUGCCCCUCCAACUUUGUGCUGAUGGGAAACGAAUGCGAGCACAUCAGUAUCUUCAUCGUUGUCGUGCUCAUUCCCUUCAUCCUCCUCGCCGUCCUCCUCCUCAUGUACUUCCGCAAGUUCCAGGGUCGGCUGCAGGUGCAGGAAGACAAGGACUUGAUCGAGAUGAUCUCCGACCUGCGGAAGCGCCUUCACAUCCAGCUCAAGGACGGCUAUGCGCUCAGCACGGAGCGGUUGGGGAUGCGGAUGGCAAGGAGCCAGUUGAAGGUGAUCGCUAAGAGGUCGAUGGAGGCGGCCGCGCGGCUGUCGAUCUUCCAAGACGACUUCGACGAGCACUUCUUCGACAGCUUCUGCAUGUGUCUAUUGCAGAGAGGGAGCGAGGCUGACGUUGGAGACUCGGAGCAGUACCACAACCUGUGCGACUGGCUUCUGGAGCAAUGCAGGAUUCUCCUCCUCCACUCCAACCACACUCAAGACCUGGAGAGGCGUCUGGAGCAGGUUGGUUCCACCGUGCCGCACUGGGACUCGCUCCUCUCCUCGUGCAUGCAGCGCGUGUUGGGCUGGUUCAUGACAGGAGAGCAAAGGAACAAGCUGCUGCAGAUGAGGCUCGAGAAGAUCAGGAACUUGUCCAAGGAGGAAAGGUAUCUCUUCUUCAAGACCAAGGUCACCAACAUCAAGCUCUGGAAGGAUGACAUCACCCUCUUCCGAAGGCUCCAACUCCUUGCCCAGCAGCUCAUGGCCGACCUUGUCAAGUCGUGCGAGCAGAGGUUCAAUGAAAUGGUCAACAAGGAGCACGGCGCUGUCCUCGUCGUCUACGCUCCUCACAUCCCUGGAGUGCAAUCGGAUGUGGAGGGAAGGAGGUCCUGGCAAGAUUACUCGUCGACCUUCAUGGAGCAGAAUCGCCACGUGACGCUGAGCAUGGAGAGACAGGACACGGUGGGGGCAGUCCGCUACGGGGAGCGGGAGAAGUCGGACGCGAGGACGGAUUGGGAGCAGAUGGUGAAGGAAGGGGCGUUGGAGUGUCUGGACGAAGAGAUCUUCGUCGUUCAGCUCAACACACGGUCUCGCAUCCUCAACGACGGCUUCCACAGGGCCGUUAUGGACGUUCUCCUCAGCCACUGCACCGGGCUGGAUGCGCUAACCUCCUCCUCCUCGCGGGAGACCCGCCCGGUGGAGGAGACGGUCGUCCACGAGCUGCGCUGCAUCUUCCGGGAGGGCCCGGGGAACGUCAAGGUGCAUCUUGCCCGGGUCAAGUCCGUCAGCAGGAUGAGGGAGAAACUGAGGGAGUACGCUCCUCCUAACCCCAAGGGCACGUGGCCCCUCUGCUGUAACAUCCUCGACCCCGUCCGCCUGUGCCUCGUGUGCCAGGGGCCGAGCCACAUGGUCCAGGUGGCGGAAUGGUUCGAGGCGUCCUCCUCCUCCGGGCCCCUCACGCUCUGCCGGGUGAAGAACAAGUUUGCCUGGGCAGAGGUGGAAGAUGGAUACCGGGACUUGAAGCUGCAUCUGAUCUACCGAGGGGAGGGGAAUCUCCAGAUCAUCGGGGAGAUUCAGAUACAAGACAGCCAGCUCUACUCUCUCCACACUCAGAUGCAUCGGCUGUACAGCAUCAAGCGCGCCUAUUCCAUCCAUUACUACCUCAACUCCGUCUUCCGUUAG